CAAAAUUCAAACAAAAUGGAGUCAAAAUACUGUUUUUCCCAAAUUAACCCAGAAACUACAACUAAGGAAAAUUGACAGCCUAAUAUACACCCUUCCUCGGAUGCCAUGAGGAAGACAAAUCUGGCUCAUUCUCAGCUGAAUAGCUACUUGACUGCUAGCCAUCAAGAGCUAGCUGCAAAGAAGCCCGCAAAGGAGUCAAAAUGGGACUCCUCAGUCAUCUUCAACAAGUACCUAAAAAUAGGAGAUUUGCAAGGAUCAGUCCUGACCUCCUCGUCGCUCUCUUCGACAAGCCAGAAUUUACCGUUGCAAAUUUCGAGUACUUCGAACUCUGCCGCUUCGAAAGCGAUAACUUCCCUUCAAUCCAAAGUUGAUGCACUUACUAAAGAGAAUGACUACCUCAGAGACCUCCUAGCAGACUCUAAAACAGCCAGUGGUACCUACAAAUUUCAGGUAGAGCAACUUCAGAGUGCACUGACUGCUGCUCCCCAAAGGGAACAGGAGCUCCAGCAAAAGUUGCAAAAGCUAGAGGAUGAACACCAACAGGUAAUCAAGUACGCUGAUACUUGCAGUGAGAGGAUCAAGCUCUUGGAGAGCCGGAGAAAUGAUAGUUUUGAUGGAGACAUCUCCCAAUUCCCUGAGUUUCAGCAGAAAGUCCAGGAAUACGAAAGUGUCAUUGAGCGACUAGAACAUCAACGAUCAGAAUCUAUCCAAGAAAUUGAAAAGAUGAGGCAAGAACUGCAAGAAGUCAAUGAAGUCCCACAAAAGCUGCAGCCUAAAGCCAACUAUUCCCAAAAGUCUUUCUCUAGUGGUAGUUCUGACAACAAGCUAGAGAACUCCUUCUCUAACCCAAAAUCCAAGAAAGAGUCAAAGAAGCUUCGGGAGCAGCUAUUCCAACAGAAGAAAGAUCAUGAGCUAAAAAUAAACAACCUCAAGAGAAAACACAAACUUGAAGUAGAAGGCUACAAGCAAGAGUGCUCUCUCAAAGAUAAAGAAAUUGAAAGAAUGAGAAAAGAACUUCAAAGACUAAAGAAAAUAGCUAAGAAUGUCCAGAAUAUCACAAAUUUAUCUACAAAUGCCAGAAAAGUACCCCAAAAACAAGCUAAAAAGAAACCUGAGACUAGGAGAAGUAAGGUUAGAGGGAAUUCAACCAACAGAAGCCGAAGUAAGGAUGUCUCAUGGGUCAAGAGAAAUCAACAUUUAUUCACAGAUAAAAGAAAGUCCCGGGCAAAAUCAAGAUGCUCUGGAAUCCCUCUAUCCCGAAAGAAGUCUUCAAAGAAGAGAUCAGAGAGAGGAUCAAAGAAAAGACUCAUAGUAAACUUAGAGUGUCCUCCUGAAUGGACAAAUGAUGACUCAAACUCUAUUGAUAAUGCCUUAUCCAAAAGCAUCAGUGUCGACAACUCUCAUCCAAUAGAGGUAAUAAAGAACAUCUCUAGUACACCUAGCUCAGUAAUGAACUCUAAUUCCCAACUGCACCACUUCACUCCAUCAGUAUCCCAUCCUAAUUUCGAGGAUGCCCAUAACACUUCCCAGCAUCAUUCCAAAGAAAGUGAGAUGUACCAGACCUUCCUAGAAAUGAUCAAGCAGAGAACCCAAGAAGGCAACGAGAUCAAAAUAGAACACUAAAUUUCAAUAAUACCACA